AUGGGUUACGGAAAGAGUGGUGGUGGUGGUAGAGGUGGUAGAGGUGGUGGUGGUGGUGCCAAUACCAAGCAAUUCGGUCGUCAAUACGAAAAGUCGAAAUCAAACUCCAGAGGACAAGAGCGUGUAGUUCGUUAUGGUGACGAAGAGGAGAUGGAUGACAUCAGACGUAGAAACGAAUCGUCAGACGAAGAGGAAGUCGAGAAGAACUCAUCCGAUGAGUCUGAAGACGAAGUUGAAUCAUCGGAAGAGGAAUCAUCGGAAGAAGAGAAACCAAAGACUACCACCUCAAAUCCAAACAGAGUUAAAACCGUCACCAAGAAACUAGGUGAUAUUAACCUAGGUCAAAAGACUGAACUAACAAGAAGAGAAAAGGAAGAGGUUGCUAAACAACAAGCAGCAGCAAGAGCAGCACAAAAACAACAAAAAGCAGAUAUGGAGAGACUUAUGGUUAUCAGACAACAAAGAGAAGAAGCAGCAAAGAAGAGAGAAGAAGAAAAGAAAGCUUUGGAAGCAAAAGCUGCCGAAAAGAGACGUCAAUAA